AUGGGAGUGAUUUGAAUGGCUGGCGGUAGUCAGUGCCCAUCGAGAAUGGCGGCUUGUCAGGGCAACAUGUGCACGUGUCAUGUUUGCCUGGGUAUCGGAGCAAUUAUCGACGAAACUUUCAAGAUUCUAGAUCUCUACGGCUGGCUGCUGGAUUCCUACAUAGUUGAUUUUUUUCAAGAGGACUUGUGGGGGAAAUUGCCCAGACCGUGGGCUAGAACCCUGGAGAAUGUAUCGCUGGAUGAAUUGGGGUCUUGGAUUCUGCGAGAGAGGAGACCUCGUCAUGUCUGGCCAUUAUCACUAAUUGCGCUUCGACAAUUGAUUGAUCUAUUGAGCGUCAAUCGCAAUCCGAGCAUGAGGUCCCCGUUUGCCUGCAGCAGUUCCCCAUUAAAUCCCCAUGUGUUGGAAACAUCAUGUGAAAACAUUGCCAAAGAUGAACGUCUCAACAAGUACCAGAAUUUAUUUCAAAAACACGUGAAGAAGAAGAAACGUUACGAGAUCGAAAAAUUCUCGGAGAUAGUAGCGAGAUGCAAGCACUUGUCCAAGUCCAGUUGCAUCGUCGACACUGGCGCCGGGAUGGGCCACUUAGCUCGUGAAUUAGCGUACAAAUAUCACCUACCAGUUAUCUGCAUAGAACAAGAUAAAUCUCUCUCGGAAUUAGCGAGAAAACUUGAUAAGCAAUUUAUGCAGAAAUUCGAAACAUAUCUACCCGGCUUUUGUGGUGUACCACCCUAUCAUUUGUGCGCUAAAAUUGUCGAUGAAAGUUGUCGAGGCGGUGAAUUGCCACGAGAGUUUAAAGAAAUAUUACGGAAUUAUUUUUUACAACAAUCCAAUGACAAUGGUUUUGGUUUGAUUGGAUUGCAUCCGUGUGGUGAUUUAGCUGCGAGAUUGCUCAAGUUUUAUGUUGGACAGGAGCGUGCUAAGUUCAUCAGCGUUGUGGGAUGCUGUUAUAUGAAACUAACUAUCAAUGAGGAUGAGACGGCGAACGCCAAGGGCUAUCCACUGAGCAAAUAUGUAGCGAGGAAUAGUAGCCAUUCACUCAGCUAUGCCGCGUUGGAAGUGGCCUGCCAUGCGGUAGAAAAUUACUCUGAUAAAAUCAAAAAUAAUGACUAUGAAGAUCUAAAAGUACAUGGAUACAGGGCGACACUUGAGAAGAUUUUCAUUGACAAGGGGGGAAUUGCUAUGCGCCACGGAAAAGUAGGAAGUGUCAGAGUUAAUAAUGAGAUGAGUUUUGAAGAGUAUUGCAGACUAGCUACGGAGAAACUUGACGUUAAUCGGAGAAUAAAUAUAUCAGAAAUAAAUCAUGCGGAAGUGGACGAGUGUUUAGCAAAGUGGCGUCAGGUUGUGGCAUUCGAGGCACUGAGAUUCAUGCUAGCACCACUUGUCGAGACUGUUAUAUUGUUGGACAGAUUUUUAUUCCUCUCGGAUAAUAAUUUAAAGCCAGUAUUGAAGGCGGAAUUCAAUCCUAGAUUGUCACCCAGGAAUUUUGUGCUCACUUCUAUAAAAUGAUUGCUUUUAGUAACUUUUGUAAUUUUUACAAUAAACAGGGGAAUUUUACUUUAUGGGUUUGAAUGAGUUCUGAUGGGUUUCCAUGCAUCGGCUGUUAAAUUGAAAAUUAUGACGCAAUCACGAAGUCACAGCUGAACAGUUGUAAUGAUUGGUGGUUCAUUAGCGCAACACGAUCAACACUUUCGAUUUCAUAAAUGUUCUGGAGUAAUUGGAGGAUAGAAAUUUCUAUUAUUGAAGCCACACGAAAAAUUUCAUAGGAGAGUAUAAUGAGUCCAUCGGAAAAUUGUGAUGCAGUUGUAGUGGAGAUGAAAUCUAUUGCAUUUUUAUGAAAUAAAUUUUUAUUGAUGAUGUAGCACAGAUAAUUAUACAUCCUCCAUUAUUCAAAAAACCUUUACUCCCAUUGAUGGAAUUUCCAAUUUGUUUUCACUCUUAAUUUAUG